UAGUUCAUUUCGUUCAUUUUAAAUUUCUGAUUCUGUCAGUGUACUCGGUGGCAACGCAGUUCUACAGCUGAUUUUGAAAGGCACGCCACGGGCGAUGCUUUUUUCCUAUCUGACUGUUGGAUUAUUUUCUAUUAUUUUUUAUCCGCGCGAAUGUUAAAUUGCUUCGUUGUUAUUUUUUUUAUUUACAAAUAUUUUUUAAUUUCCCCAAAGCAAGUCGAGCUAUUGAUGUCAUUGUCUCGGUUGUGCAUAAUCGCGAGUGUUUCAUUAUGUGAAUAUACUCCCUUUGGAUACACAUGUGCUUUUUUAAAACAAAUAGUUUCCAAUUUAGUGAAAUCUCAAUGUAACAGCAGCGUUGCAAUUUAGGUUCAACUCUAAGAAUUAGGGUCAGCGGAAAAUGGCAGAUUUGAAGAAUCUGACACUUGGGUCAGGUGGUGGAACUAAAUUUCUCGCUUUUGAUCAAGUGCAAUUUACAGCCAGUGCCAGUAAUCAAGGAGACAAUCAAGUUGCAAUUAGAUCGCCACCGCCAACGUUGCAUCUUGAAAAUCUCAAUAAUGCAAUGCACGGGGGUUCUCAGAAUAAUUUACACGUGUCCUGCAAUGGUGCUGCAACUAAUGGUUCAGCGGGAGUAAUUUCAAGUGGAAUUUUAGCGCGAAAGGUGCCUAAUCAUGUUGGUGCUAGUCCAGGCGAGCCUAAUAAAAAGCCAACCGUUUCUCUUACACAUUUACCAAAAAGACCGCCAGUCGACAUAGAAUUCAAAAAUUUGGCUUUCAGCGUGUCCGAAGGUAGAAAAAGAGGUUAUAAAACAAUUCUAAAAUGUGUCAACGGAAAAUUCAGAUCCGGAGAACUGACUGCAAUUAUGGGACCAUCUGGAGCAGGAAAAAGCACACUAAUGAAUGUUCUUGCAGGAUACAAAACUUCGAACCUAAGUGGAUCAGUUUUAAUAAAUGGAAAAGACCGAAAUCUUCGAAGAUUUCGAAAAAUGUCCUGCUACAUAAUGCAGGAUGAUUGCUUAAUGCCAUAUUUAACAGUAUUCGAGGCAAUGACAGUCUCAGCGAAUCUCAAGUUAGGCAAAGAUAUUAGUGUCGCCGCCAAAAAAGUUGUUGUUGAAGAAAUCAUCGAAACCUUGGGCCUAAGCGAUGCGAGUAAUACACAAGCGGUUUGUUUGAGUGGAGGUCAACGAAAAAGAUUGUCCAUUGCUUUGGAACUUGUCAAUAAUCCACCCGUGAUGUUCUUUGAUGAGCCUACUUCCGGUCUCGAUAGCUCUUCCUGUUUUCAGUGCCUCAGUCUUUUAAAAUCACUAAGCAGAGGAGGAAGGACCAUUAUUUGUACAAUUCAUCAGCCAAGUGCGAGGCUUUUUGAAAUGUUUGAUAAACUCUAUCUUUUAGCAGAGGGACAAUGUAUAUAUCAAGGAAAUGUAGGUGGGCUCGUGCCCUUUUUAUCAUCAAUGGGACUCGAUUGUCCUAGUUAUCAUAAUCCAGCCGAUUACGUGAUGGAAGUGGCGAGUGGGGAACAUGGCGAAUGUGCACACAAGUUGGUGAUGGCGGUUAAUAACGGAAAAUGUAAUAAUUAUCAGCAUUAUCAGGCGACAUUUGCGGCAGCUCAUGCACUAUCGAACGAGAUUGCGAAACAAUCGUCACCGCAGGAGCAAACUAAAACUGACGAUACGCCUUUAAUUCCAAAUGGUGUCGCGAAGGGAACUGGUGGACAAGCCGUGGUCAAUAUGCCAGUUUCUUGUACAACAUCACUUUUGGACAGUGCCGAAAGUAUAGAGCAAAAAGUCGGUUUUCCCACCAGUAGCUGGCUGCAAUUUUGGAUUCUCCUCAAGAGGACAUUUUUAUCACAAUUUAGAGACAUGACACUAACGAGGGUAAGACUGAUUUCACACGUCAUUGUUGGAUUUUUGAUUGGUGCUAUUUACUAUCAAAUUGGAAAUGACGCAGCAGUUGUUACCAGUAACGCUGGUUGCAUUUUUUUCACCGUCAUGUUUAUCAUGUUUACCGCAAUGAUGCCUACGGUCCUUACGUUUCCAAUUGAAAUGGCUGUAUUUGUAAGAGAACAUUUAAAUUAUUGGUACUCUUUAAAGGCGUUUUACUUCGCAAGAACUUUAUGUGAUAUACCAUUUCAAAUAGUAUAUUCAGCAGUAUAUGUGAUGAUUGUCUAUUUCAUGACCGCACAACCAAUGGAGGUAGAAAGGUUUUUAAUGUAUUUAAAUAUUUGUAUUUUGACCUCACUCGUGUCUCAGUCAAUUGGUCUAUUAAUUGGAGCGGCAAUGAGUGUUGAGUCGGGAGUCUUUAUCGGUCCAGUGUCGACAGUUCCAGUAAUUCUAUUCUCUGGCUUUUUCGUGAAAUUCAAAGCAAUUCCAUCAUACCUAAAAAUCUUGUCAUACGUCUCAUACGUGAGAUAUGGAUUCGAAGGAGCAAUGAUCUCAGUCUACGGAUAUAAUCGUGCAAAAUUAAAAUGCUCGGAGCCUUAUUGUCAUUUUAAGAGCCCACAAAAAUUCCUCGAGGAAAUGUCAAUGGUCGACGCUGUUUACUGGAUUGACGUUGUUGCCCUCGUCGGUUUCCUCAUUGGCCUCAGAAUCGUCGCCUAUUUCGUUCUCAGGCUCAAACUUCGAUCGUUACGUUAAAUUUUUUUUCUAAAUUUAGAAAAAUUCAAUACUAAAAAAUCAAUCGCUCUCAGGGCAUUGACAUAUUAAACGACAAUGACUGACCUUCUUCAACAAACAAAAAAAAAGAAAAAAGAAGGAAAAGAAGAGAAGAAAAUCAACACUUUCGGACCAGAUUGUUAAAUUUCAACUUAAUGGGAAAAAUAUUUAUAAUUGUUUAAAUGAGGAAAUGAAUCCCAAAGUAGUUGCAAAGGUAACUUUUCUUUCUUUCGACUCAAACUCAAGAUUGAUUAGUUGCCUUUUAUAGGUUUUUGCAGAACCAAAAAAAGAAAAGUUCUUUCCAGCUUUAAAUUUUUUAUAACUUUUUAUACUUAAACAAUAAAAAAAAGAAAAAAAUUUUUUUCGAAGUAAACUUUUUAAACAAAAAAAAAGUUUACUAAUAACGAAUGUUUAAAAUAAAAAUUGCUACGCCGGGAAUUUUUAUGAUAGCAAUUUUGUUUACAAUUUUUAUGAAGAGUUUGGGUCACACAACACACAUUACACACACAAUUAGUUUAGAUUUUUAAUGUUUAGACCGUAAGUCAUUAGUUAGAAAAAAGAAGAAAAUUGUUAUCAGGUCCCACGAAGCGUCUAUAGACGAAAAAAUUCCGGGACUUUUCAGAAGUUCUUAAUUAAUAUCUAUUUAUUUAAAAAUCGAAAACUAAUAAUCGACUUUUUAAUAAAAAAAAAUGUUCUAUUAUUAAAAAAAAAAAUUUUUUUUAAUAAAUAGAAUUAAAGGAACUUCUGAAUUUUCGUGUAGUCCAAAUAUAUAAAAAAAACUGCCGAUUACGAACUGCGUAAUGUCAGUUUAUUUAAUGUAUAAAGAAAUUGUAAAAAUAAUUUCAACGCAUUAAAAAAAAGAAAUCAGUGAAAUACACUCGCCAAAAACGGGGAUGUUGAGAUCCAUUAUUCAGAACUUAAACUUCCCUCCAAUUUAUUAAAAAAAAAAAAAGAAGCGACAAUUCCAACUCAUCGCUUUAAUAGG